AUGGCCGCUAUUGCGCUCUCUGUUCCACUCGCGCGUAUGACGUCGUCAAAGACGAGCAUUGCGAUUAAAGAGCAUCAAAGGAACAACAAACGUCGUGCCUCCUCCUCCUCGUCUAUGACGGGAAGCACGAGACCGUCAUUCUUAUCUGAUCUACGUGCACAAUACUCGUCAUCCCCCCCGAACGCCGUCUUCAUGUCGACCCCUUCUGCGCCUAUCACAGAGCUUCAACCGUUACCUCAACCAGUCCCCGUAUUCGUUACAUCCUCCCAAUCUCUCGCCGUACCACUGCUACCAUCGUCGGCGGAGUUCGAUGGCCAGUCCGAGGAUGCCACCGAUACUGGAAUGGCCGCGACGUCGACGUCGACGUCGGAGCCCACGUCACCGAAGUGGAAAUUCAAGCUCCUUCCUGAGAAGUUGAUCCAUUUUAACCCUUCUAAGGAUCCUCGUCUUCUGGCGUUGUAGUCUCGCGCUCGCUCGCGCGCGUGUGCAACGUGCUAUCAUUGUCAUAACGGGUCUUUGUAUGAUGACUGUUUUUUUUUUCCCCCACUCCCUGUUUCUUUUCCCUUCUGCAGUUGAGCAUGAUUUUCUUUUUUGGUGAUCAUGGAACAAAAAGGACAAUAUUCGACUGGGGAUGAUAACAACUACUUGACUGAUUGAUCAAGGCGUAUAUUUCUUGCAUUUCAUGUAGUAGUAUUUGUACCAACAUGCGCGCAUUGUUAUAUUUCUCUCUCUAUGCACCGUUCUAGCUAUACCUUAAUCAAUGUUCAUAUGGUUUUGUUUUC